AUGGAUUUGGGACCACAUUCUCCAAAGGUCCCGGUUAUGCAGUUGCGAAGUUUGAGGCAGCCCUUGAUCAAAUACAUUAUUGGUAAUGGAUUACAUACUUUCUUGUGGCCUGAUAAUUGGCAUCCCCUUGGUCCCCUCUAUGAUAAAUUUGGUGAGAGUGUUGUCUACACUCUUGGAAGAUCACUGUCUUCAAAGGUUUCAACAAUUAUCCAAAAUGAGGAUUGGAAGUGGCCUCAUCAAAGGAAUAGGGUCACUCAAUCCAUCAUGGCCCAUACUCCCUCAGAUUUUAAGCCAGACUGUGGUAAGGAAGAUUCUGUAGUGUGGCUUCCCCAUCCACAAGGGUUUUCUAAGUUGAACACUAGGGAUAGACUUCUUUCUUGGGGCAUGGUUGUGGAUGGCGGUUGUACUUUCUGUAAUAUUGGCCAAGAAUCUCAUCACCACCUUUUCUUCCAGUGCCCAUUGUCCGUUUCUGUGUGGAGUGAAGUUUGGAGGAGGUCAUCAAUUGAUCAUAUCCCUCCUUCAUUGACUAAUAUAGUAGCCUGGUUUGUCCAGAAUGUCAAGGGGACUGGUUUUAAAAGUAGCGUGUUGAAAACUGUGUUAGCUGCUACUGUUUAUACUUUAUGGAUGGAACGGAACCAAAGGAUUUUUCAACAGAAGGCCUUAUCUAGGGACCAGCUUGUCCUUCGUACAGUUUCUUGUAUUAGAGAAGCUCUGAGUCUGAAGAGGGAUGUUAUACAGUCCCAAGUGAACAGAGAUCUGAGGUUUUUGGCUGUUAAGCAUAGGUUUUGGGCUGCUAAAGUUGUAUAG